AUGCUGCGACCAUUUCAGGGCCGGGCAGCGGCAUCGACGAGCACUGCCACUCGCGAGUCCACAGCCAGUAGAGUGGCGACUCCGCAGCGGCGCCAUCAACAGAUGCGCAACGGUGAGCUCAUAGACAAGGGAUCUGUUUCGACGGAGGCGGAAGUUGGGAAGCCGUACUGGGGGACCACCGAAUCCGUCGCCAUGACGCGGAGCACGACGGCAUCCAAUACAGUUUUCUCCACUCGUGCCGCCACAUCAACGUCGCGCACCGUCUCUGGCGGCGCCGCCGAGACGACCUCUGCCGUUUCGACACGCUCCUCUUACCUCGUCCACAGCAGCUGCCCGGUCGGGGAAGAGACACAGGAGCUGGGGUCGGGCUCGUACUCUGCAGACGAAGUGGACCCCCUCCUUCAAGCGGCCAUGCAGCUGGGCAGCCCCCUCUACGACCCUGUCAAGCGGCAGUUUGUGUGCUGGCAGCUACACGCUCUCGAGAAGCGUCCACGCGCUGCCUACGGUGAUGUGGAAGGCGUCAGUUGCGACUUCUGCGGCCACACUGAUUGGCUCGAGGGAGUGCCCGAGCGAGCGACAAGCUCUCCGUCAGCGAGUGCAACGGUGGCGAAUGCUGAUGAAGGAAAAAUGGAUACCCAUGCCCCCUCAGCAGCGGCAUCCUUCACUGCGCACGCGCGCUUUUUCUACAACUGCUCCGCCUGCCAGGUGGACGUAUGUCAGGCGUGCUUGGAGGAGGUGCGGUCCGAUGAGCGUCUUCACGUGCCAUGCUUUCAGUGUCAGCGCUGCGGAGGCUACGAAACGCGCCAGAAUGCGCCGUUGCAUCGGUGUGCGGAGGUGACACGGAUCUCCGACGACGAAGGAAGUACAGGCGUGCAGGCGUUGCUGACGUCGCCGAGGAGCAAUGUGGACGCUUCACAGGCACUGCCGGCGGCACCCGCGACGUCAUCUCCAAAGUACAGGGGCGUGCCGGUCGGAAGGCCCGUACGUCUCGGCCUCUGCCGACGAUUCCAGCAAGCGGUUGAAGCGGUGGCGGCGCCAGACACAGAGAUCGCCGCCCAUGCCGGGAAGAUCGCCAACUCGACUCCUCACCGAAAACGCAAGCGAGCUUCUCCGGAAGCAGCCCUCGUGCCAAAACAGCGAUCCGGGAAGACGACCAACGACACCGCAGAGGUGUUUCGUGUCAGUGACGUGAGCGACAAGUCAUGCCGGAAGGUGAGGCGGGCGUCUGCGAGCGCUCUGCCGAAACCUGCGCCACCAAAGCAGGAGGCGGACGACGCAGACGGUGACGCGUCUCGAGCCCUUGUGGAGGCUGCACUCCUCCCCUUCGCGCGUUACGAGGUGCACCUCACCCCUCGCACUGCGGAGGAGGUGGGCGAGGUGGGCCGUAUCGCGAGGGAACAGCACCUCGUAUGCUCACCGCUACCGUCGCUGGCGAAGACAUGUGUGUUCUACUUCACCACGCGCCUCGCUGCCGAGACUUGCGUCGAUCGCGCCACUGCGGCAUCGCUGGACGCCAUCCUGAAGCAGAGCGUGACACCUGUGUGCCGCACGUGA